UCCCAGUUUGUAUGGGUUGCUUAUGCUGUCGAUCGCGUGGAUCCAGACAUAAUUCCUCCAGACAUCUACAUGCACUCGGUUUGUUGGAGCGCUACGAUGCCGUUGGUCUGUUUUGAAUGCAUUGAGUGGCAUGCAACCGAUAGGUAUAGGCGACAGUUCAGUUUUGUUCAAGGAGUUCCUCAUCAGGAACGGAAUCUAAACAAGGCACACGGAGAAGUCAUGACUGGUCCUAAGAAUCUUAAUUAGGCCACGGCCACGACUCAUUCAUUUUGGGUGAUGAAGUGGACAAACAGGUAUAAUCACGUUCUCACUGGGCUUUCCAUGCCUUUACAGCAUCCCUUGGAUACUUACAAGUACUGGUAUUGGGCAAAAUUUGGGGACCGUUUGAGGUUGUCCAAUCUUGUGGUUCAAGAGAAUGAUGAGAGUAAUCAGGAUAUGAAUGUUGACAAUCAAAAGCAGGAGCCACAGUCACCUCCACCACCCCCUCCACCUCCAAAUCCACUUCCACAAGAACAACCUAUGUCCUCAAGCCAAUAUGUACCUCAAACACAGUUUACCCCAUCGUACCCAAUACAUCAGCAGUAUUGGGGUAUGCCAUAGUUUGACUCAAGAGAAGGAGGUUCUUUUAGCCAGUUGCUUGGUUUCAUGGCUACAAAUGCAGGACAAUCACAAUAUGCCCAGCAGCCUAAUUACUUUAUGGCCGGUAGGUAUUCCUUGGAUGCGAGGCAUUCGUGCCGCACUUCGUCGGGUGCUUCUGGAGGGUUUGUAUCUGUUGACUCUAGUAGGAGUGACAGUGGUCGUGGAAUUCUUAAUAGUCAACACCCUAAUCGUGUUUCAAUGGGACUCAUUGAAGAAAAUGCUAACACACUUGAACAAGAGACUAAUGGGUAUCUAGUAGAUGAACCGGACGAUGAGGACGAGGACGAGGAGGAUGAAAUAGAGGAGUCCGACGAGGAUGAAGAAUCCCGUAAUGAUGGUGAGGCACGUACUCCAGAUGAGGCAGACAAAGGUUACAAUCUCAGGGUUAAUCCGCCACGUCGUAAUGCUAGUCGGUACAUUCCUUCUGUGUUCAAAAGGCCGCCAAGAAGUGCAAGAAUUUUGUGAAGGAUGUAAAGUGGGCAAUGAGAAAGUAGUUGUUAGCAACAAACUUAGAAUUACUCAAUGUUACCCAUAUUGACGACCAGUUUUUGUAGGUACGGUGCCUUGAAUUUUCUCAGAAAAUUCGACUCUAUAUGCCUGAUGCAAAACAUGUGAAAAGCUCUGGGAGGUGACCAAGCUCCGUUACUGCGUACCACAACUGCAUUGAUGGAUUCGUGUUGGUCGGAUAUCAGCCCCACACCAUCCCGAGUGACAACAUGUUGUCGCAGGUUACUGAGGAAAAAGUGCCACGCAUCAGAAGUAUCUCCCUCCACAAUAGCAAAUGCAAUUGGGACGAUAUUGUUGUUGCCAUCCUGUCUCAAAAUGGACAACAGCUGAUGGCUCCUUAUGACACAUGGCCUCAAACCACAUAGGCAAUGCUUCGUACGAUGCUUCCCAACCUCUGUAUAUUUUUUCUACUGCCUUUUGCUUAGCCAACCAUGCUUUCCGAUAACUAACGGUAUAGUUGAACUUCGAUUGCACUUCUGCAAUAACUGAUUUUACCUUUAACGAAGGGUCAGCCUCGACUAACGGCUUGAUGGCUUCUGCAAUUGUGAUCGAAUCUAGCUUAGAAUGA